CCUUGAUCUUAGCUGUAUCGCUUGAUAGUUGGAGGCGCUCGAUCAUCUUCCCUAUACGAUGAAUACGUCAGAAACCAAGUAUCUAACGGAAGAGCAAGUUCAGAAGUUCUAUCGAGAUGGAUAUCUCCGCAUCCCUGCUUUCUUAACAAAAGAUGAAACAGACGCUCUUCUCACUCGCUCCAAACAGCUUCUGGAUGAUUUCAGUGUCGAAGACCAUCCCCUUACGAGAUUCACAACCGGCGAGUCGGACAAGGGUCAUGUAGGAGACGAUUAUUUUCUUAAUUCCGGCGACAAGAUACGAUAUUUUCUCGAAGAAGAUGCUGUUGACAAGGAUGGCAAGUUGACUAGAGACAAAACGAAAGCGGUGAAUAAAAUUGGGCAUGCCCUGCAUGAGUUGGACCCAGUUUUCCGUAAAGUGACUCUUGAAAAUGAACGCCUGAAAGCUGUAGCGCGCGACCUGCGAUUCCACCACGAUCCAGUUGCGUUGCAGUCCAUGGUUAUCUUCAAACAACCCGAGAUAGGCGGUGCAGUACCUGAGCAUAAUGAUUCGACGUUUCUCUAUACGUCUCCACCUACAGCACUUGGUUUCUGGAUCGCACUCGAACACUGUACUCCUCUGAAUGGCGCGCUGUCUUUCCUACCAGGCUCGCAUCUAACGACGCAAAUAACAAAACGUUUCGUUCGGCUUCCCGGGGGAGGUACCGGUUUUGAGGAACUCUCCGUUCCUACUCCUGCUCCAUCCGAGGUAAGCGCAACUGCCAACGUAGUCGCUGAUGCUUUUGCUUCGGAGGGCAAGUACAUACUAGAGGCAUGCGGUCCCGGUGAUCUUGUACUCAUCCACGGCAGCGUCUUGCACAAGUCUGAGCGCAAUACCAGCGAGCGCACGCGGUUUGCAUAUACAUUCCAUAUGAUUGACACCCCACCAUAUGCCAUCUACGACGAGAAGAACUGGCUCCAGCCAACGCCUAAUAUGCCAUUUUCGCGCAUACUCAAUUCGCCGAACGAUGGCGCCGUUCCCGUUCCCAUCGCAGUUUAGUGGAGCAUCAUCGUAGCAUGUCGUGUUUCAAAGGCGGAAGGAAGUCCAUGUUAUUUUUUGCACACUGCGCGUUAGAGUUGUAUCACCAUGUACUUUUAUGAGACUACCUCUAUUUUGGCUUUU